AUGGCUGCUCCGUACCCGGUUUGCGAGGAGGUCGAGCCGCAGGCCGCCGCGAUCGAGGAGGUCGAGACCCGCCUCAACAAGCUCGGCAAGUCCAAGCCCGUCGACCUCUCUGCCUUCUCCUGGCUGCAGUGGUCGCCGCCCACCGACUCCAAGUGCGGCCAGCCCACCACCUACACCCUUCCCUUGGCCCGCUCAGGCCUGACGGCGGAGAACACCAUCUACGGCCAGUCCAUCUGCCCGGACGAGAUCAACAACGAGAAGGGCGACCUGGCGACGCUGAUGGCGGACCACUGGGGCGAGUGCUUCCCGAUGGGCGGCAUCGGCGGCGCGCCCUUUGUCGGCAAGACUGGCUUUGGCGCCUUUUCGCACCACGUGCCGGAUGACGGCCACAUCAUCAUCCUGUUUGGCCCGCACAUCGCCAUCUCGGACGAGGGCGAACUGGGCAAGUACCUGCGCGAGGGGCAGGUGCACGAGUCGACCGCGUGCGGGGCGGUGCUCGGCGCGUACGCCGCCUGCAAGUGCGGCCAGGCCGGCGAGUUUGACGAGAUGGAUAUGCAGCAGUCGUGGCUCAAGCAGCGCAUCAACCGCCGCUUCGGCGAGAUCGAGUCCUCAGACGAUCAGAUGAAGGCGCUGAUCCACGUCGCGUACGAGGCGGUUAAGGAGAAGCUCCUCGGCAUCAUCAACACCGACUUUGGCAGCGGCAAGCUCAUCUUGGUCGGAGGCAUCCAGAUCAACAUGCCCAAGCCGUGGGAGGACCACUUCCAGCCGCUCUACUAUAAGGUGCACCAGAAGGGCGCCGAGCCCGUCGACAUCCUCGACGACAUGUGCUCCUUCUAG